ACCUUGUUUUUUUGCCUAAUCUGAACAGCUGCAACCUACACUGUUUCACCAAUAUGGAAAUGUUACUUACAUUUUCCUGCUAAAAGUCGAAAAUAGGCUAAAAUAGGUCACUGCCCUACAGGAGUCCUCCCCAAGCCGCUGGAAGUUGCCGCCGUGUUGGCUGAGGCGGUCGGCUGUGAUGGGAGGGACACGGGGAGCAUGGUGUCCUGUCUGCGGCAGAAACCAGCAGACGAGCUCGUCACUGCCCAGCAGGGCAUGAUGAAGUGGGGGACGGGGGAGUGGGGCGUCGCUUUCGGGCCGGUAGUCGACGGGAGCUUCCUUCGGGCGCACCCCGAUGAUCUGUACGACCGGGGCCGGGCACACCCCGUGGACUAUCUUCUCGGAGUGAACAACCACGAGUACGGACUAAUGCUGCCGUCUCUGGUCGACCCGAAGUUUGGCCAAGGCAUGACAGAAGAAACUUUCGUCCAUAGCCUUGAAGCGCUCAUAGGAAUGCUUUAUCCGAGUUCCCACACGGCCAGUAUCGUGGCUGCUGCUCGGGAGCUGUACCAUGACCAGGACAAGCCGGACGACCCCAUGGCCAUACAGCGGCAGUUCACUCACGUUUUUGGCGAUUGGAUGUACGUGGCUCCCACGGUGGACACCGCAAAUAGACACGCAGCGUCUGGCUCCAAAGUGUACCUGUACGAGUACCAUUACCCGCCUGCGUUCGCCUCCACCGUCCGGCCGGGCUGGGUGGGGGCCGACCACUGCGAUGACGUGUUUAUGGUGACGGGCUGUCCUUUCCUGGACGUACCGGUAAAUACCAGGAUGACUGAGGGAGAGGGGCUACUUCCGUUUUCUUCGGAAGACAGGAAGGUCAGCGGGGACAUGAUGGCUUACUGGGCCAACUUCGCCCGAACCGGGAACCCGUCAGACCGUACCGGCGGCCCGGCAGACAGCCCCACGGUACCAGAGUGGCCCCGGUACACACCGGACAGCCCCGCCUACAUGAACCUGGGUCUGACGUCAUCUGAAGACGUAGGGCUGCACCACGAUAGGGUGGCGCUGUGGAAUGACGUCAUUCCCGAGAUCCUAGCAUCGUCCGAAAGGGACGAGCUGUAG